AGACAUCAAGCCACCACCGAUGACCCUGCCUCUCUACCAGAUACCAUAUUUUAUCCAUCCAAGCAGGCUCUUGGCUAUCCCUCUGUCCUCUUCUACAGCCUAUCUACAACUAUCUACAUUUCUAUAAUGCCUGCUGUUCUAGUCCCUUUCAUUCCUCUGUUCGCCUUCCUCGCGUCCGGGGCUUUAGCUGACCAGAAUGACUGGAUAAAUCCAACAUAUGUCGUCAGCUGGCGAGCGUCGGGGCCCCAUUCGACUACCCGUGACGCAGAAGAUUAUAUAAAACGCGCUGCUCAGCACCGUCUUUUCUCGAUCACUAGCUCUAAAGGCGUGACUGCGCCAAGCAAAGAUCCUCAUGACUAUCUCAGUUGGGCUCCUUACCACUGGCCAAACUGUAACUGGUGUAACGGGAAAGGAAGAACCUACAUAGGCGGUAGUAAGAAUGACACAUCGGACGACGGCGGCGAAGACGAUUGUGACAACGACGGCGACUGUGGCGGCAGUGACGACGACGAUGAACCUGAUGUGGACAGCACGACACAGUCUUCCGAAUCUGUAAACCAGGAUCAUGACAGCGUUUUCUCAUCUCGCAGCCAUAUGCAUCGAAUGGUCCGAAUGCGCCGCAAAGAUUCUCUUUCUCUCGUUUCGCCGACAUCGGCACCUACGUUCACGCGUCGCGAUAUCGCUCAAGCUGCGCUAGACAUGUUACCUACCCUAACACCCAAUCUGGAUCCUCUGCCUGGUACCAAGACCCUCGAUCCUGUCUCUCAGUCAACUAGCGAUGCUGUUGUUGGGUCGCAUACUCCUGCUCAAGCUGCCGCCAAGCAUAGUGCCUCCUCAUCAUGUACGCCGUCUCCGACAACUUCCAUGCCUCCAAGUGCUACCUGGACUACUUGUCCAUAUAUUAUUCGGGAUGGUCAAGUCAACCCUGAUGUUAGAACGCUUCCCGGACCAGGCGCGAUCAACGGCGUUUCUCAAAACUCGAUCAAUAAUGCUCUUGCCUAUGCUUUCACAGGGUCCCCGUCAUACUCGAAGAAUUUCGUAGACGGACUCAAUUAUUUCUAUCUGAACCCGGAAUCUAAAAUGAACCCCAACAUGAACUACGGCCAAGUAGCUCGAGGACCGACUUCUCAGACUGGUACUUUUACAGGUAUCUUAGACGGGAGAGGGCACGUCAAGGUGGUCAAUGCGAUUAUAGUAAUGAAGGAUCUCAAGAACCCUGAUUGGACGCCGGAUCGAGAUCAAGCGAUGAUGAAUUGGAUGUCUGAGUACUUGAAUUGGCUCAAAACUAGUGAUAUUGGGAAGAAGACUGCCAGUCGACCCAAUAAUCACGGUAGCUUCUACUUUUCGCAAGUUGCUGCCAUAGAGGUAUAUCUAGGACGCUCGGAUGACGCCAUCAAGACUCUGCACAGCUACUUCGAUGGACCAUUUAUGGAUCAACUCGCAGCAUCUGGAGAGCAACCCUUCGAAGCCGUACGCACUCGACCAUUCCACUAUCGAUGUUUCAAUAUCGAGGCCAUGAUAACCAACGCCAAAAUCGGGGAUCAGCUUGGGCAAGAUUUCUGGAUCAAGAAAUCAAAACGUGGCGCCACCAUAAAGGAUGCAGUCGACUACACCAUGUCUCUAGACCCCAAGAAAGAAAACCAAAGCCUGUUGGCACCACACGUUGCGACAAUUAUGCUGGUUCACGGUGAUCCUGAUGGCAAAUAUGCGAAAUACUUGAGCAAGGCGGACCCAGACUAUCGUUCUAAAGCGUACUGGUACUAUGAUCAACCGGGAGCACUUACCGGAUCCUCUCAGAAGAAACGAUCGGUCGAAUGGAGGAGGGAGGAUGCAUCUAAUGACAACUCGCCACCUUGUGAACUUGACUAUCCUGCGGUCUUCGAGUAUGUAUCUGCUGUCGAGUUGGAGGUCGAAUACUACGUAACCUGGGAGCAGCUGAAGUUUUUUUAUUGUCCCGUUGCUACAUGAAUAGUGUAUACACUUCAAUUUUCAGUCUCUUUUUUUGUUCAUGUCUCGG